CCCAGAGGGGCUGCAGGGGGGUCAGAGGGGGUUUGGGAUGGGGAGAGGCCUCAGUGACCCCCAAAUUCCCCCGGGAGCCCAAAUGGAGGUGCCCAAAUCCCACAGGAACGGCCCCAAAUCCCCUGAGAGGGGCAGGGGACCCCAAACCCUGCCCUGGACCUCCCGAGCUGGGGCUCCCCAAACCAUGGAAAUCCCACAUUUAUCCCAUUGCACCCCAAACCCCCCAGAAUUCCCACGUUUAUCCCAUUGCACCCCAAACUCCCCAGAAUUCCCACAUUUAUCCCAUUGCACCCCAAACCUCAGAAUUCCCAGAUUUAUCCCAAACCACACCAGAAUUUCUGGAUUUAUCCCAUUGCACCCCAAACCUCCCAGAAUUCCCACAUUUAUCCCAUUGCACCCCAAACCACACCAGAAUUCCCACAUUUAUCCCAUUGCACCCCAAACCUCCCAGAAUUCCCACAUUUAUCCCAUUGCACCCCAAACCACACCAGAAUUCCAGAUUUAUCCCAUUGCACCCCAAACCUCCCAGAAUUCCCACAUUUAUCCCAUUGCACCCCAAACCUCAGAAUUCCUAGAUUUAUCCCAAACCACACCAGAAUUUCUGGAUUUAUCCCAAUUCAACCCAAACCAUGGAAUCCUGGAUUUAUCCUAUUGCACCCCAGAAUUCCCAGAUUUAUCCCAUUGCACCCCAAACCCCUCAGAAUUCCUGGAUUUAUCCCAUUGCACCCCAAACCCCCCAGAAUUCCCAGAUUUCACCCCAGAAUUCCCAGAUUUCACCCCAGAAUCCCCAGAAUUCCCAGAUUUCACCCCAGAAUCCCCAGAUUUAUUCAGUUUCACCCCAGAAUUCCCAGAUUUCUCCCAUUGCACCCCAGAAUUCUCAGAUUUCACUCCAGAAUUCCCAGAUUUCUCCCAUUUCACCCCAGAAUCCCCAGAUUUCCCCCAUUUCACCCCAGAAUUCCCAGAUUUCACUCCAGAAUUCCUGGAUUUCUCCCAUUUCACCCUAGUAUUCCCAGAUUUCACCACAGAAUUCCCAGAUUUCACCCCAGAAUUUCCAGAUUUCACUCCAGAAUUCCCAGAUUUAUCCAGUUUCACCCCAGAAUCCCCAGAUUUCUCCCAUUGCACCCCAGAAUUCCCAGAUUUCACUCCAGAAUUCCCAGAUUUCCCCCAUUUCACUCCAGAAUUCCCAGAUUUCACUCCAGAAUUUCCAGAUUUCUCCCAUUUCACCCCAGAAUUCCCAGAUUUCACCCCAGAAUUCCCGGAUUUCACUCCAGAAUUCCCGGAUUUCUCCCAUUUCACCCCAGAAUCCCCAGAUUUAUCCAGUUUCACCCCAGAAUCCCCAGGUUUCACCCCAGAAUUCCCAGAUUUCUCCCAUUUCACCCCAGAAUUCCCAGAUUUCUCCCAUUUCACCCCAGAAUUUCCACAUUUCCCCCAUUUUCCCAAACCCCUGGGCUCAGGGGGGGUUUUCCCCUUUUCCCCUGGUUGGAUUUGAUCCAGUCUGGCUUCCAUGGAUCUGCCCCUGCUGGUGCUACUGCCCCCCAAAACCCCUGGGGACCCCCCAAACCUCCCCCCAGGGUGCCCAAAGCAGCUUCAGAACUUUUCAUCUCAUUUUGAUCUCUUUCUUUAUUUUUUAUUCCCCCUUUUUCUACUUCUUUUUUUUACUCCUUUAAUUUUUAAUUCUGUUUUCCUUCCCUUUUAAAUUUUAAUUUUUUUAAAAUUUUGUUUUUAUUUCCUUUCUUUGUUUUUAUUACCUUUUUAUUUCUGUAUUAAAUUUUUACUUGCACUUCUUUCUUUUUUUAAUUCAAUUUAUUUCCUUUUUGAUUUCCCUUUUAACUUGCUUUAUUUUUUUUCCUUUCCUUUCUUCUAUUCCAUUUUAAUUUCAUUUUUUUGGUUUUUUAAUUUCCAUUUUAACUCCACAUUUAAUGCCACCAAGUGAAUCCAAAGCUUCUCCCCACUAUUAUUCAUUUUUUCCUGCUUUUCUGCAGUUUCCCGGGACGAUGCUGUAUUUAAAGAGAAUAUUUAAGUGGAAAAAUAAAAAGUGGUUAAACUUG